CGAGAUCUCUACGUUAUCCUCUAUUAUUUUUUUAAGAUGCCACUAAUCAGUGGCUUUGAUUAUUUAUAAACAGUGUACUUCCAACUUCGCCUAGUUUCUGUGUGGGUGUGACUGUGAGAUGGCAAACCACACAGGAAGCUUCAGCUUUACUGCUCUUCAGCCUUUCCAAUUGCCCACGAUUUCAAAGUUCAAGAUUGGCCUCUGCCAGUUAUCAGUUACUGCAGACAAAAAUAAAAACCUAAUUCAUGCUCACAAUUCAAUAAAAACUGCCGCAGAGAAUGGAGCAAGGCUUGUUGUGUUACCUGAAAUGUGGAAUUGCCCUUAUUCAAAUGAUUACUUUGGAAAAUAUGCUGAAAAUUUUGAGAACAAGGGUUCUUCACCAUCAUUUUCAAUGUUAUCAGAAGCUGCUUCAAGUCUUGGGAUCACCAUUGUAGGUGGCUCCAUGCCUGAAUGGGAAAAUGGCAAGUUAUAUAAUACUUGCUGUGUUUUUGGAGCAGAUGGAAAGCUCAAGGCCAAGCAUAGGAAAGUACAUUUGUUUGAUAUUAACAUCCCGGGGGAUGUUUCGUUUAGAGAAUCUGAUAUAUUUACUGCAGGAGAUAAAAUUACAAUUGUAGACACAGAAAUGGGCUCUAUUGGACUAGGAAUUUGUCAUGAUAUACGCUUCCCAGAACUUGCGAUGCUGUACAGAGAGAAAGGUGCCCAUUUAAUAUGUUAUCCAGGAGCAUUCAACAUGAGCACUGGUGAACUGUUGUGGGAGCUGGUACAAAGAGCAAGGGCAGCCGAUAACCAGUUAUUCGUAGCUACUUGCUCUCCCUCGCGAGAAUCCAGUGGUUCCUAUAUGAUAUGGGGCCAUUCCACUCUUGUUGGACCGAAUGGUGAAAUAAUUGCAACGUCCGGUCAUGAAGCGACAACAGUAGUUGCUGAGGUUGAUUAUUCGGCAAUUCAACACCAGAGAGGGUGCAUACCGGUUCUGAAUCAAGGGCGGGGAGAUAUAUAUAAGCUCAUCGACUUACACCAACAGAAGCCUUGAAGCAUUAGUGCAUGACAACGGCCACUUUAAAACUCAAUAAUUUUAGUAUGUCUGGCAAAUGGCAAUUUAGAGAAAUUGUUAGAUGAAUUUUUGCACGGGGAAUAAGUUUCCCAAGUCGUGCUUUCUAGCCCCAUAGGUUGCAUGGGGCGAUUCGGUGGUGGCCACAAUCUAUUUAGAAAUAUACCGAAGUGUUUAAUUUUAAAAUAUUAUUGAAAAAUAUUUAAUCUCUUCUUUUAUACUUAAAA